AUGGCGAGGCCCCGGGAGUUCGAGCUUAGGAGGGCUGCCGCCGUCCGGGCCUUCACGCCCCAGAAGUUUCGUCAGGAGUGGGAGCUGUUCUGGGAGCUGGUGGACCCGGUCUUCGAUGGGUUGGAGAAGACGACGGAGGAUCUGCUGCAAUGGAAAAAUCCCGUGCAGAGCCUGUCGGUGAUGACCGGGCUGCUCUUGGUGGCCUACCACGACCUCGUCCGCUACGCGAUACCGCUGGCGCUGCUCGCCAACGUCGCGUACAUCUACGCCCAGGAAGAAAAAAAAGGAACAGCAGUACAUGCGUCUGCGGUUGGAUGGUCUCGCGCCCUCCGGCGUCUCCCUGAGUAG